AAUAGAUUAUACACAAAGCAAAAGUAUAUCAACUAUGUACUAUACGGAAGAAAGUGUAUACUGAAUAUGUACUAUAUUCUUGGCAUUAUGGUGAAAUAUAAGUUCAAAUUGGCACUAUGUAUCAUGUUAAGUCAUAUAUUAAUUGGAUGUGCGAAUACUAGUGAAUACGACUUGAAAUGUCCAGAUAUGUCUCAAUCGCACUUACGAGCACUUGGUAUUUGUCGGAAGUUCCCUACUACAUUCUAUGCUUGCUUACUUGAUACCAAUUCUGGAAACUCUAAAGAGUCGUGCAACGAAGCGCCAGAUUAUUCUUCUCCAGGUGAAAAAUAUGUAAUAUCGGGGGCUCGUACGACUGUUUCCUGCUCUUCAGAAAAAUAUCAACCAUUUCUACUUUGGGCAAACAAGAGUAGCGAUUGUUUAUAUAAGAAAUCAAAAUGUAAGGAAGAGGGUCAGAUCGAAUCCGACAAUAAUUUAGCAAUAACAGAUCAAACAUGCAUGUGCGAUCACGCAAAAGACUUUCAUUACAUCAGUAAUCCUACAGACCAAUGUGCCUGUGUGCCAUCAAAGGAGGAUUGUUCAUGUUAUUAUGAUCCAAGACGGCGUCUUAAAGUAUCAUCAGAUCAUUUAUGUCUGCAGCCUCCACAGACUACUGAUCAUCUUGCUGUCGAUUUCCCAAGAGAGGACGCUAAAAGUGACCCAGCAACAACCGAAAGACUUAAAGCAGUAAUUUCAGCGAGAUCGACUGGUUUCCGUUUAGGUUUUUUAGCUUUACUUGUGGUGACAGCCUUAACAGUUUGA